GAAAUGUGUGUAAACUAUGGCUACAACUACUAAUUGUUGUCAUUGUCCACAAUUCUGCUGAUAUUUCAUGAUAUAUUGAUGAACUGUUUAGUCCAUUGAAUGCCAAAAAAAAGUGAGAAAAUACUUUGUCAAUAUUUCCCAGAGCCCAAAGUGCAGUAAUAUAAUUGUUGCCCCCCCCCAUAAAAAACAUUCCAGGGGCGACUCUGCCAAAGUUACACCGUCAGAUCGCUUCUUCUUUGCAAAGUUCAAAUACUCUUAAUUUCCUAUCACAUAUGACAAAGCAGAUCCUUCCAUUUAAGAAGCUAGAACCAGCUUAUUAGAAUGAACAGACGAUUAAUCGUUUGUAAAACUAGUCACGAUUGAUUUUCCUGAGAUUAACUAAUCGAUUAAUUGACUGAUUCAUCGCAGCUCUAGUGUGAAAUGUGACCAAAAUAAUAUCUUAAAUGAUCUAUAAUGGGCAAACUCACUGUCUGACAUGAGUUUUUUCAACAUAAGGCCGAGAUCACAUCAAUACAGUUCAAUACUUCACUCAGACCAUCAUUUAUUUGUCAUCGGUAAUGUUUGUGGCACUGAAAGCUCAAAAGGAGGGAAAUGAUCCAGAUGUGCCCUUCAGUUAGUGGCUGCCAUCAGUCACUCAGCAGUAAAUCAAUAAACAUAAACUUUAUCUUUACACAACGCUCCAUGUCAGUGUCAUCUAAUCCUUUUGUUUUCAUUUUCAUUCCACUUGCCUCCAAACCAUCAGCUAUCAGAUACACUCCGGCAGCCACGGGGCGAGGAGAUGAAGUGUAAUCAAAUAAAAACUAGGUCAGAUUGUUAAUAUUACAUUUCAGGAUACGCCUCAUCUAACUUGUCUGAACCUGGAGAUGAAAAUCAUUCUCAAAACAAUUCUAAGUAUCAUUUACUGCGUACUGAAGUAUCCUAUAAACACUUAAACUGGUGAUUUGGGAAAGCUGACACUGUCGCUCUUUGUUCCUUAAACACUUUGAAAGCAGUGAUUGUCUCCUGCGUGUGAAGUUCAGUUGGAUCAGCUCUCUGCUGUUGCCCUUUAUGCACAAUAGUGUUUGUCCACAGCCGAACCUCAGGUAUCCUCCCAGCCCAUCUUCAUAAUACACACCUGACGUAGAUGCUCGGCCACCAGGGAAAAGAAAAGAUAUUAUCGCUGUCGUUCCCUCGGUUGACCCUGAAGCAGAAAGGUGGCAGGGUCCGCCACAUAUAAAUCCAGUGUGUUCAUCCAGUCGUGAAAACAAAGAACGUUUGUUUAUUUAGUUUGUUUUGGCAAAAAACAAUCAGCCAAUGAAGAUCUUUAGAAUUACUUCCUUAAAUCUACAUACUGCACCUUUAACAACAGACAAUAACUAACGAAUGUGCUGAUUAGCCGACCCAAAAAUAUAUGACCAAAGGCCCAAAGUAAGGUUGUUUAUGGGCAACACCCAGCUCAGCUCCCGGUCCAAUAGGUCCGGGGCUGUUUGACUAUGAGUAUAUCUACACUAUUAAAUGUAUUCAUCUUUUCUUAUUAACUUAAAAUAAAUAUAAAUUGUAUUUAUUUCAAGUUAAUUCAAAUGAAAUUGUAUUUUUUUUAUGCUCAGACCACUUUAGAAACACAAGAAAUUAGAUUUUUUAAAGAAAAGAUAAUUAACACAUUAGUAAACAUCUUGAAUAUGUGACAUUUUGAGAUAAGUCAUGGUUGUUUACUUGUAAAAUAAUAUAAAUAAUGCUCAUGAUGAAUGUUAAUAUUAAAUUCAGUCUUUACCUCCUCGCACUUUUAUCGGAUUUACUGGGAGUGGUUUCGUUUCUGCUCCAAUGCUGAAACAAAGCAGCUCUGGUAACGGAGUUGAGUGAACUAGAUAUUUUAGGUCGACUGAACUGUUGAUUUCAGCUCCAGAUCUCCAGCUGAAAGGAAGUGAAAGAUUGUGUUGAUUCAACAAGAGAAUUAUAUGUGAACUGAACUGCACGAUUGAAGCACAACUGAAUUAAUAUCUUCUUUAUAUGGCUAGAAAAGUUUAUUUGUUUCAUUAAAUCAACUUGUCUUGUCAUAUUCAGUCAACUUAAGAUUUUUAAGUUAAAGCAACAAAUUAUAUAAAUAUCAAAUCAUGAAUCAUAACAAAGCUUUAGGUGUUGUUAUUCGCUUCCUGCACGACGACAUGAUUCACUGCUUUACAAAGAAAGGUUUCAACUUUCCCUGAGUUAUCACGGGCGUGGACACCAGCAGAAAUCAAAUAUUGUUGACCCAAGUUAUAAAACAUCUUUCCAUAAAAGCGACAGAAGUGGGUCAUCACUUGUCUAAAGUUAUCUUCUUAUAUUAUAAGUAAGACGGCUGCAUCUUUCUCAACUGGGAUGUUAACAAGGUUUCUUUGAAUGUAACAACAUUCAGACGACGAGACAGGAAACAGUUUGCAUCAUUAGUGUGUUUUUUAAGACGUGGAUGUAAAAGCAAAAAGUUUAAAAAGAAGUCUGCAACACAAUUGCCUUAUCGGCGUCCUCAUCUCAGGAAGGUGAGCUUCCUCGCCUCGCCCUGAUAGGACACCCAAACAGCCCCGAGGAGGAGGAGUCACAGCCUCUGGGCUCUUUGGUAUUUUGCUGAAACAAUAAUGAACCUGUCGUUUCAUCUGAGGAAGAAAGAGAGGGAGGGAGGGAGAGAGAGUGAUAGAGAGAGAAGGGAGGAAAAAAGAAAAGACAAAUUUAAGCCUGAGCUUCUUCCCCUGAAGUCAUAUUUGAGAAACCGCAUCACACAUCUCGCCUCCAGGCAAGGAAGAAGACGACAUGGGAGGAACACAAUUUAAGAUGCUGAAACUUUUGCUUUUAUUGACCUUCACUGAGAUCUGUGCUGCUGAAAAUGACAUCUCUCUGUCAGUGUUCGCGGUUACAUCUAAAAGCAUGACGGUGCAGUGGAGCGACCACACCGGUGCCAGCUCCUACAAGAUCACAGCAACACCCAAGAACUCUCCGGAACGACCCGUCUUCGCCCAUUUCGGUGGCAACGUCGUGAUGGGCUCAGUCAACUCCCUGUCGCCCAACACGGUGUACACCAUGCAGCUAGAUGCCAUGGACAAUGCGUUGAAUGUCCUCAGCAGAGCAGAGACGGAGGAGACAACAGCCCCGGACGUCCCCAGCAUCGAAAAGGCUUACUCCAAACUCAGCAACAGCAUCACCGUGGAGUUCACAGAGGUUUCCGGGGCAACCAGCUACAUCCUGAGGGCACAGUCGGUGAGCGGGAGUUUCUUCUCUGAGACCAUGGUGAGGGGCUCCCCGGGCACGGUGGUUCAGCUCGAGCCCUACACAGACUACAGGCUGAGCGUCAUGUCCGUCAACACCGGGGGGAGGAGCCAGCCCUCGUUCCCCGUCCAGGCCAGGACAGUGGUGACGCCGCCCGAGUUGAACGCCACCUCCCCGGCCAACAACACCAUCCUCGUGACCUGGCCCCCGGUGGAGCACGCCGUCCUCUACACGCUCUGCAUCAUCAGGGAGGGCUCCAGCUCACGCCACAAGGUGAACACCAGUGACACCAUGGUGACCUUUGAUGACCUCCAGCCAGGCACCACCUACUGUAUCAAGGGCACAGCCUGGGACUCCGAGGGCCGAGCUGGAGACGACCUCACUGUCUGCAUGAUCACACGACCUCCAAGUCCAGAUGUGACCUACAUCCAGUUGUCUCCGGGUCGGUCUCUUGCUCUGUCUGUAUACUGGGGGCCAGUGCAAGGGGCCGACAGCUACGUCGCCUGGACUAGCAACGGCCAGAACUGUAGUUCAACAGGUCAAAGUUACUGCUUUAUCUCACCUGUGGAGUGUGGCCAGAACCUCUCCAUCGCUGUGACGGCCUACAACAGGGCCGGCCCCAGCAGCCCCUCCGACCCAGAAGACUACAUCACAUAUCCAUGUCCGCCAGAGAACAUCUGGGUGACGGAGCCCAGCGCAGGCAACUGCUCGGUAGUGUGGGACGAGGUGCCACUGGUGGAGUACUACACGGCUUUCAUCAAGAGGGACGAUGGGAUGGAGGACUCCUGCAACACCACUGAAACCACAUGCCCAUUCUUCUGCAUGUGCGGCUACACCUACCUCACCACUGUCUUCCCCUACAACCAGGCCGGCUCCAGCCCAACAGCCCACGUCCGCAACUACACCACCAUUCCUUGUUGCCCACAGGACGUGUCCAUAAACCUGGUGUCUACAGAGACCCUGGAGAUCAUGUGGUCACCGGUCAAAGGGGCCGAGCUGUAUGAGACAACAGCAGCUCAGACUGAUGAUGUCAUCCACUGUAACGACACGGCGCCGGUGUGCGCGCUGUCGGAUCUGAUGUGCGACACGGCCUACUCUGUGACCGUAACGCCGUGCAGCGACUUACGGGGAUGCAACCGCACCUGCAAGGCACACACACACAAGACAGCUCCAUGUGCUCCAGACAUCCUGAAUAUGACGCAGGUCAGCAACUCCACAUACAGAGUCCUCUUCACCACCCCCAACAGCCCCAACACAAAUUAUACCAUCAAGGCCACUGGGCGCCUCGACACACACACUUGCCAUUCGAGAAACAGCUCCUGUGAACUCACGCAGCUGCCCUGCGGUUCGACCUACGAGGUCAUUGCAGUGGCGACUACAACUGUGGGGAGAAGUCUGCCCGGGUACAGUAAAACUUUGGAAACAGGUCCCUGCUGCCCCGUGUCGGUGCAUGUGGCCCAGGUCACCCAGGCCAUGACUAACGUGACCUGGUCAGCUAGCAGGGGUGCCCGCUCCUACAUCACCACCCUCAUGUCCUCGCACGGACAUGCCAAGUGCCACACCCUGGACACCCACUGCCUGAUGGGAUGCAUCACCUGUGGCACCAACUACAGCGUCAACCUGGAGGCCAUCAGCAGCACAGGACACAUGUCGGAGUGCAAAUAUCGUGGAUUCUCAUCCAGUCCCUGCUGUCCAACAAGCAUCAAGCUCUACCGCAGGGCCAACAACACCCUCAGGGUGUACUGGCGCUCUUUGGGCCCUCAGAUCCACAACCACACCGUAGAUCUAUAUGGGACGGGGGCCAAUUACACCUGUAACACAGCUGCCGGCAGCCAAUCAUGUGACAUCGAGGAGGGAAAAUGUGGGGACGUCUACCGAGUGGUGGUGGCACCAGUGGGUCAGGAUGGGAUCAAAGUGAGCUUCUGUCAACCCAGGACAUACUCAGUUCACUGCCUUGGUAGUAACGCUGGCAUGGUAAUCCAUCGUGGAAGACGAAGUUUGAAUUAAGUGCGGAAACAUCCUCCAUCACCACCACCACCACCACACAAUAUGGACCAAAAAGUGUGCUAACACCAACGGCAACUGCGAAGAAUACACCCAGAUGAAAUAUCACUCUUGUUUAGGAAUGUCACUGAUUUGUUAUUGCUGUUUCUACAAACUGUUUCCGCCAAUGAAAUAUUAAAAAAAAAACAAAACACUGAAAUAUCAAACUUAAAUAGUGUAAUGGAUAAAAGAGGGCUUUUAAAUAAACAACUGUUGUAUUCAUCCAAUGUAUUUGAAAAAUAUUCUUCUAUUCUCUAGGAAAUAUUUCUCUUUAGCCUGCAUGAUAUUUUACUCCCUGCUCUGCAGUUUGUUGUGUUUGAUGAAUCCAGUUGCCUUUUUGAUGUAACCACAACAUGUAAUAACAUCUUGUAAGGAGGAAAUUAUGGCAGGAAUUGAAACUCUACAGUGACACCUCCAAACAAGAGCGUAUUAUAGUCAGUCAAAGACAAAAUCUUUUUUAGGACUUCCCCAAGUAGAGGACCUCCAUAUGGCAGCUGCACUGUAUGAUGUGUCCGGGUUGUAAAGACGGUUGGUGACCCAGAAAAAGGGUUAAAAGUGGGGCAGCAGGUAUCCAUCACGUUAGCCCGAAGUCAUGCAUGGCGAGUCCUGUGGAUGAUACGUCUGAUCAGAUUGCUGGAGAUAGAUUCAAUGUGAACUCUGCUCUCGUUGGAUUAUGUUUUUUCUCUCAGUUGACAGACGACAACAAUAAUAAAACUCAUCGU